GAAGGUCUCGUGGCCAUGGCGGCCGUGGGGCCCGCCCGUCGCUUCUGGUGCUCGUGUCCCGAGGUGCCCUCUGCCACAUUCUUCACCGCCCUGGUUUCGCUGCUGGUAUCGGGCCCCCGGCUGUUCUUGCUGCAGCCGCCUCUGGCACCCUCGAACUUGUCUCUGCGCUCCGAGGCCCUGCGCAACUGGCAAGUUUACAGGCUGGUGACCUACAUCUUCAUCUACGAGAACCCUGUCUCCCUCCUCUGUGGGGCCUUCAUCAUCUGGCGCUUUGCCGGCAACUUCGAGAGGACCGUGGGCACCGUCCGCCAUUGCUUCUUCACCUUGGUCUUCACCGUCUUCUCCGCCAUCGUCUACCUGUCAUUUGAGUCUGUGUCAUCGCUGUCUAAGCUGGGUGAGGUGGAGGAUGCCAGAGGCUUCACCCCUGUGGCUUUUGCCAUGCUGGGGGUCACCUCGGUCCGCUCUCGGAUGAGACGGGCCCUGGUGUUCGGCGUGGUGGUGCCUUCUGUCCUCGUGCCAUGGCUGCUGCUCGGGGCCUCCUGGCUCAUUCCUCAGACCUCCUUCCUGAGCAACGUGUCUGGCCUUUUGAUUGGCCUAUCAUACGGCCUCACCUACUGCUACUCCCUGGACCUCUCUGAGCGAGUAGCCCUGAAGCUUGACCAGAAGUUCCCCUUCAGCGUCAUGAGGAGGAUUCCCCUGUUCAAGUACAUCUCAGGUUCUUCUGCCGAAAGAAGAGCAGCCCAGAGCCGGAGGCUGAACCCUGCACCUGGCUCCUACCCGACACAGAGUUGCCACCCUCAUCUGACCCCAAGUCAUCCUGUCACCCAGAUGCAGCAUGCCAAUGGCCAGACACUGGCCUCCUGGCCUCUGGGGCACAUGCCCAGCCUGCCUCCAUACCAGCCUGCUUCCGGCCUAUGUUAUGUGCAGAACCACUCGGUUCCAAACCCUGGUGCCUCCAGUGUGUACCCAGCUUCUGCAGGGACCUCUCAGGGGGUGCAGCCUCCCUCCCCCAUCAGCUGUCCUGGCUCUGUGUAUUCCGGAGCCCUGGGCACCCCAGGGACGAUAGGCUCCAAGGAGUCUUCCAAGGUCGCCAUGCCCUAGUCUGUCUGCGCAGGAGGCUCCUGUCAUGUUGGACAGAGAAAGGUCCUAUCUGAGAAUUUCUUAAGAAUUAUUUAUUGCUGGGUGUGGUGGUGCACACCUUUAAUCUCAGCACACGGAAGGCAGACGCAGGCAGGUCACUGUGAGUUCGAGGCCAGCCUUGUCUACAAAGUGCGUCUAGGAUAGCCAUGGCUACACAGAGAAACUUAUCUCAGAAAACAACAGCAACAACAAAAAAUUAUCAAAGCCAGGGGAUGGUGGCUUUGGAAGUUUGAGGCUGAAAGAUCAAAAGGUCAAAGUCUGUCUGGGCUCCAGAGCAAGUUCAAGGCCAGUCUAGGCUAUCUAUAACAGGACCCUAUCUCAGAAUUACUAAAAAUGGCUGAAACUGGGCCUCCAUGGUAGGGUUACCUAGUAUAUAUAAGGCCCUGAGUCCUCAGCUCCACAAAAAAAUAAAGGAAAAAAGAAUUAUUUAUUAAAUACCUCCUUGCCAGCUCACAGAGUGAGUGCUUUGAUAAAUGUCCCUAUAUCUCUAGAGGCAGCUCUAGAAAGUAAAGUUUACUGACCCAGCUGUCGGAAGCAGGAAAUAAAAUUGGGUGUGAUGAGACAUCCUAUAGCCUCAGCUAUGAUCAAGGCUGGCUCAGAGGUUGAAGAUCAUCCCCAGCUACACAGUGGGUUUGAGCCAGCUAC